AUGAUGAGGUUUAGAGCUAUCACUAGCAAGCUUUAUUCUUCACGCCUUUUACCAACUUCUAAACCCUUCCUCACACCUUCUUCUUCUCCUUCUGUUGUACCUCCACUUCUAGCCAGAAUUUCUCAUGGCUCUAUCAUCCCUAAAUUUCAAGGUAAUGUUCUUUUCCCAAGGGUAUAUAUGUCAUCUUCUUCUGCAGCUUUAUUGGAUGAGGAAGUGAGAGGUAGCAGAAAUAUUGGAUUACUCAAAGGAAUUGAGGAUCAACAUGGAGGAGUUAUUAUAAACAUGGAGGACUCUAUGAAUUCUUAUGUUUUUGCUUCUAUGCUAGAAGCUUCAAUAUCUCAAUGGAGGAAACAGGGAAAGAAGGGAGUGUGGAUCAAAUUGGCUAGAGAACAUUCAAAUCUUGUGGCUCCUGCUGUUGAGGCUGGAUUUGAGUAUCAUCAUGCUGAACCAGAUCAUUUGAUGCUUGUAUAUUGGAUUCCUAAUACUCCUAAUACCAUUCCCGCAAAUGCUUCUCACCGCAUUUCCAUUGGUGCUUUUGUAAUCAAUACCAAAAUGGAGGUCCUAGUGGUUCAGGAAAAAAACGGAAGAUUCAGUGGUAAAGGAAUAUGGAAAUUGCCUACUGGAGCUGUUAAUGAGGGUGAAGAUGUUUGUGCUGCUGCAAUUAGAGAGGUCAAAGAAGAAACAGGAAUAGAGACUGAAUUUGUUGAAAUUUUAGCAUUCAGGGAAAGACAUAGAUGUUUCUUCCAAAAAUCAGAGAUACUCUUUAUAUGCAUGUUACAACCUCGAUCCUUUAACAUUGAGAGUCAAGUUUCAGAAAUUGAAGCAGCUCAGUGGAUGGCAAUUGAUGAUUAUGUAGCUCAACCUUUUGUUCAAGAAAAUGAGCUAUUUAAUUUUCUAACAAAAGUAGGAUUAUCAAAAUUGGAUGGAAAGUACUGUGGCUUUUCUACCAUGCUUACUAGCACUUCCUGUAACAAAAAAUCUCAUGUCUACAUCAACACAAAAGAUUCUGCUCAUUUGUAA